AAAACUGAAUGUCCGUAUUUCAACGACGCAAUAAAGUAUGCAGUAAAUAUAUGUAUAAGUAUAGUAUACUGUUAGAAAACAAGUAUUCGCUUGUUUUACCUCGCUUCACGAAAAGUUCCUCUAUCAACGUGUAUGCAUUUAUGUGGAAUAAGGAAUAAAGCCAGGGACUGUUAGUGGCGUUCAAUCCGUUCAACUGUCAACAUGGCGGAUUGCGGUUUACUCGUCACGAUUUCUGGAGCUGCUCUAUCACUUCUAUUUUACGAAAAUGUCCGUAGCGUCGGCGAUCAGAUGGGCUUUCUUCUGGGUGAAGCACUUGUAUUUCUUACCAAGAAAGUUACUGAUUCUGACAAACAAGUUGAAUAUGUGAGGAUACACAUUGAUGUUGAUACAGUUGUCACAUGCCCGUCAGCAGAUUUGCUACAUGACUCCACUGGUAAAAUAAACAAGGAGAAACUGAAAAACUUUGUUCGUGACAAAAGUAAGCAGGUUGUAGGAUGGUUUCGAUUCAGGCAAAACAGCUCUCUUGUACCUACGUUGAGAGACAAGGUGCUACAUAAGCAGUUUGCCUCUCAUUUUACCAGUGGAACAGCUUCGACAGAGGAAAACUUUGUGGCUUGCUUUCUGAAUACCUCAGUCUCUAAUAUGGGUGGUACUCAUAAGUUCAGACAUGUUUUCUUGCAUCACAAAAGAGGGGUAUUUGAACCAGUACCGAUGAGGAUAAAUAAUUUAGGAGCCGAUGCAUCCCGUCAUGAUGGUUCAGAUUAUAAGCCUAUUCCAUUAAAGAAACGAUCAGAGGAACCUGACGCUUUUAGUAAAGUUGUUGAUUCUUUAAAUUUGGACCUCUUAAAAACACCAGGUGUGGAGCUAGUAACAGCCAUUCAAAAAGCUGCAGAGCGGCAUUUAAACGCUUUAAUACCAAAAGUAUGCGAGUCUGAUCGAGAAGUUGCGGAUUUGGAAAAGCAAGUUCGUGAUCUGCAGGCCAAGAUACUUACCUGGAAUGCUCCGAGCAAAAUAGAGUUAAAUGACAAUGCAUUGGCUAUUAAAACUAAUUUUCCCGCGGGAAAAGAAUGGGAUGAUGAUGGAUACAUUAGAUGUAAAAAGAACGAAGAUCCUGUUUUAAGGAAUACCGCCAGCGCUAUAUUGCAUAAUGACUUGGGACCGACCAAAUAUCCGACGACCAUUGGUCAACCAAUAGCUAUUGGAAAACAAAAAAAUUCAAUAGGCAUAAAUGUUAAAAAUACAAAUCAAGACAGGGAACGGGCAAAAAAUAUGGCAAUUGGAAAAGAUAUACAAGGUUGUACAAGCCAUGACCCAUUUGCAAAUAUCGUGAAUGAAAUGCAAAUGGAAAUUGCUGAUUCUGUAUCAAAUAGGACUAGACGUGCGACGGCUUCAGCAGGUCCCGGAGUCGCACGACCAGUAUCCAAGAUCGAUACGAAUGAACUCAGUAUUGCUAGAAGUAAAGGUCGAGGUAAUUAUGAAUCAAAUCCAGGAACAAAAAAACCAAGACGUACAACCUUACCGAAAGUUGUUCUGGAAAAAUCUGGAAACUCACAGACUCUGGAACAAGAGCAUAACGAACCUAACUCCGUGCAAAACCUUCCUAUAGGGACGAUCUCUUACAGUCAGGCAACAAAAAAGAAUGUUGAUACUUCUCGCGGAUUAACUGAUUUACCAGAAUAGUGAUAAUUUUAGGAUUCUCUUUGGAUGUCAUUUACGCGAAGUUAUCUCUAAGUCAUCACCAAAAGUGUAAGGAAAUACUUAAAAUUGUUCCACAGUUUCCGGUCAUGCUGCAUGCAAUAAAGCGUGUUUAAGUUUUUGCACAGCAGCUUUUAAUUUUUAACUCUAUUCAAUGUAAAUAUUCCUCAAUCAAGAAUAUAUUAAGUUAUACCACUCAA